CUCUCCCCAAUCCUCCCCUGUCUCAAGACAUCCCCUAGCCUCUAUAUAUUCAACAGAAAAUAGUCCCCCUCACACCAUCUCUCUCUCUCUCUCUCUCUCUCUCUCUCUCUCUCUCUCUCUCUUCGAAACAUGGCUGUAUCCAAACAGCAACAGCUUGCUCUUCUAGUCUUGAUCUACGUUUUCCUCACUGAUGCUUCCGCAAAUGCUCAGUACAACAUCAAGCUUGCACCGGCCUUGUACAUAUUCGGGGACUCCACGGUUGACGGUGGAAAUCGGCUCCCUCCCAACGGUGCAUAUGGCAUGGAUCUGAACUCGAAUGUUCGCCCUCGCUGGAGCAAUGGCCUCAACAUUGCUGAUUUUCUCGCAAAUUUUUUGGGGUUGCCCCUUGUUCCCCCCUACUCUAACAUGUCCAUUGCGGGGGGUUCUACCACGGGAGUCAACUAUGGCUCAGCCGGCUGCGGAAUCCUUCCGCAAACCGGCCAGCUCAUUCGCGAGAAUGGGAACUGUUGGAGCUUUGACCGGCAAAUCGUGUAUUUCAACCGAACCGUGUUUGAUAACUUGACAACGUUGUUUAACAACGAAGAUUUGAUUAAACACUUAAGGGAUUCCGUUUUCUUGAUCUCCUUCGGCAUAAAGGACUACGAGUUCAAUUACUUGAGGCCAACGUACAAUGGAUCACUUGCAAAGCUGGAGCCGGAAGUGUUUGCCAAGUAUGUCUUGAAUGAGUUGUCGUUCCGUUUGACGAUUUUGCACGGGUUGGGAGGUGGAAAAUUCUUGGUGAACAACAUUUGGCCCAUGGGUUGCACCCACGGGGACAGCUGCUGCAACGAAAAGAUCAACCAGCUGGUCAUUCCCUACAACAAAAAAAGAGUAGAAGAAGACGAAGAAGAAAAAGAAAUGUUUCAAGUUUAACUACUUACCGAGAAAAUCAGCAAUGUUGAGGCCAUUGCUCCAGCGAGGGCGAACAGUCGAGUUCAGAUCCAUGCCAUAUGCACCGUUGGGAGGGAGCUGAUUUCCACCGUCAACCGUGGAGUCCCCGAAUAUGUACAAGGCCGGCGCAAGCUUGAUGUUGUACUGAGCAUUUGCGGAAGCAUCAGUGAGGAAAACGUAGAUCAAGACUAGAAGAGCAAGCUGUUGCUGUUUGGAUACAGCCAUGUUUCAAAAAGAGAGAGAGAGAGAGAGAGAGAGAGAGAGAGAGAUGGUGUGAGGGGGACUAUUUUCUGUUGAAUAUAUAGAGGCUAGGGGAUGUCUUGAGACAGGGGAGGAUUGGGGAGAGAGAGAUGGUGUGAGGGGACUAUUUUACUUCUGCUGAUGAACACUGUAUUAACAUCUAUUGGGUUAUAGGACUAUAUAGCAACGUGGAGAGUAUACUUAAAGAAAUCAAAAUGCUCUUACGUGAUGAUCUCAUGUAGUCUCACUGAUCAUGUGAUAAAAAAUGAAGGGCGAAAUGCAAAUUACCUCUC